AUGGCCUCGGGCUGGUUUGGCAAGAAGGCGGUCGAGCUCAUCAGCGCUCGGUCGCUCUUCAUCAACGUCUCGCCCGCCCCGACGAGCCUGUCCGAACGCCGCGCCGUGCUGCACGCCCUCAGGCGCCACGGCCAGAUCGAGGUCUUCAAGAGGCUUCCCAGCCCCGAGACCUUUGUCUGCGCCCCGGCCAGGACCGAGGUCGCGACGGGGCUGGUUCAGCGGAGCCCCCUGACCUUCAAGUUCGUCUCGGAGACGUUCGAGUCACUCGAGGAGGAGAUCAAGCCCGGGACGCGCGCCAUUGGCGUGGCGUCGCCAAUCAAGGUACAAGAGGAGGGGGCCAAGGGCACUGGCGCUGGCAACGACGUUGCGAAAGCAGCCCAGCCGCAGAGAUCAGACCUGGUCAGGACCUUCACGAUGCAAAUCAAGCCGAGCCAGAGCUACUACGAGCACAAGAAGAACAUCAGGCUGUCGCCGACCCAUGGGCCCUGGCCCAAGGCCGACUCGCCCCAGACCCGCCGCGAGGACCGCGACUUUGUGUACCUGGCCCUCACGAACGCCGUGCCAGACACCAUCGCCCGCCCGGGGCUCUGCGACUGGUACACUGGGGGCCAGCUGUCCGGGGAGCCCGUGUCGCUCAGGGCCCAGGCGGCGGACGCCAGGCUUUGGCACAUCAGGGAGCGCCAGCAGCGCAGGAAGAACAAGGACAUGGGCAAGGGCAUGCAGGCCCAGAUGGGCGGCGAUCUCACAUCCAUCACGAGCCUGGAUGCGCUGUGCGGAUCUGCAAACCGAGCCCAGCAACAGGCGCAGCCGGCCGACGUUCAGAACGGGUCCGACGCGGAUCCGACCCCAAGGACCGGGCCACCGGCCCCUCCGCCCAAAUCACUGGCCUCUCCGCUCAAAUCACCGGCUUGGAUCCGGCGCCAGCAGUUCAAGUCGAAUCCGCUGGCAGACCGGACACAUGGCGACAGGAUCAAAAAGGAGGGCAUUAUUGGGGGACCGGUGCAUUGGAGGUCGGUCCUGGGGGAGGGCAAGACAUGA